CCUAGGUCAAUUGCAAAAGAGCUUGCAGACUGGCUUAUCAGCAACAAUGUAGUUGAGCACAUUUUUGGACCAAAUUUGCAUAUUGAGAUCAUCAAACAGUGCCAAGUGAUUCUGAAUUUUCUUGCAGCUGAAGGGAGACUUAGUACUCAACAUAUAGACUGUAUUUGGGCUGCAGCACAGCUAAAGCAUUGCAGUCGUUACAUACAUGACUUGUUUCCUUCUUUGAUCAAAAACUUGGACCCUGUCCCACUUAGACAUCUUCUUAACCUAGUCUCAACUCUUCAUCCAAGUGCUCACACUGAACAGACCUUAUAUUUGGCAUCAAUGCUUAUAAAAGCUCUCUGGAAUAAUGCACUAGCAGCUAAGGCUCAGCUAUCAAAACAAAGCUCCUUUGCAUCUUUACUGAGUACCAAUCUGCCUAUGGGAAACAAAAAAGAAGAGGAGCUCAGAAGAGCAGCCCCAUCACCUUGGUCACCAGCAGCAAGCCCUCAAAGUAGUGACAACAGUGACACCCACCAGAGUGGAGGGAGUGAUAUUGAAAUGGAGGAACAGCUUAUUAACAGAACAAAACAUGUACAGCAACGACUUUCAGACACAGAGGAAUCCAUGCAAGGAAGCUCUGAUGAGACAGCCAACAGUGGUGAGGAUGGCAGCAGUGGUCCUGGUAGUAGCAGUGGCCACAGUGAUGGAUCCAGUAAUGAGGCCAACUCCAGUCAUGCAAGCCAGUCUGCUGGAAGUCCUGGCAGCGAGGUGCAGUCUGAAGACAUUGCAGAUAUGGAAGCUCUCAAAGAGGAGGAGGAUGAAGAGGAAGACGAUAGGAGCCAUAAUCCCCCGAAAAGCAGCAGGAGCGCAGACCUACGGAGCAGGAAACUGGAAUCACAAACAGGCAUUUGUCUGGGAGAUUCACAAGCGGCACCAGAGAGGAGUGGUGCAAAUAAUGGGGCAGGAAAGGACCAUGUUUUUAACACUGACUCUGUGACACCGGUGGAUAAUCGAAUUAGAAUGCUAGAUGCUUGUUCUCAUGCUGAGGAUGCAGAGCAUGAUAUGACAGGGGAUAUGAGCACUGCUCACAUUUCACAAGGGUCUCAGGAUUCUUGUAUAACUCACACAGGGGACUUCCUUGGGGAAACUAUUGGAAAUGAAUUAUUUAACUGUCGCCAAUUCAUUGGGCCACAGCAUCACCACCACCACCACCACCACCAUCACCAUGAUGGGCAUAUGGUCGAUGAUAUGCUAAGUGCAGAUGAUGUCAGUUGUAGUAGUUCCCAAGUCAGUGCAAAAUCAGAGAAAAAUAUGGCUGAUUUUGAUGGGGAAGAGUCUGGCUGUGAAGAAGAGCUUGUACAGAUUAAUUCACAUGCUGAGCUAACAUCUCAUCUUCAGCAGCACCUUCCUAACCUUGCCUCUAUCUAUCAUGAACAUCUUAGUCAAGGACCAGCAGUUCAUAAACAUCAAUAUAAUAGCAAUGCGGUGACGGAUAUUAAUUUGGAUAAUGUUUGUAAGAAAGGAAAUACCCUUUUGUGGGAUCUGGUCCAGGAUGAAGAUGCAAUUCAUCUCUCUGAAGGGUUAAUAAAUGAAGCAGAGAAGCUGCUCUGUUCUUUAGUAUGCUGGUUCACUGACAGACAGAUUCGAAUGAGAUUUAUUGAAGGCUGCUUAGAAAAUUUAGCAAACAACAGAUCAGUAGUAGUUUCACUUCGUCUUCUACCAAAGCUGUUUGGUACGUUUCAACAAUUUGGGAGCAGUUAUGAUACACAUUGGAUAACAAUGUGGGCAGAAAAGGAACUUAAUAUGAUGAAACUUUUCUUUGAUAAUUUGGUACACUACAUUCAGGCAGUCAGGGAAGGACGACAUAAGCACGCAUUAUACAGCCACAGUGCAGAAGUUCAGGUUCGUCUUCAAUUCCUGACAUGUGUGUUUUCAACUCUAGGAUCACCAGAUCAUUUCAGGUUGAGUUUAGAACAAGUGGACAUACUGUGGCACUGCUUAGUAGAAGAUUCUGAAUGUUACGAUGAUGCACUACACUGGUUCUUAAAUCAAGUACGAAGUAAAGAUCAGCAUGCUAUGGGUAUGGAGACUUACAAGCAUCUUUUUUUGGAAAAGAUGCCACAACUAAAACCUGAAACUAUUAGUAUGACUGGCCUAAACCUCUUCCAGCAUUUGUGCAAUUUGGCUCGAUUGGCUACUAGUGCAUAUGAUGGUGGCUCAAACUCAGAGUUGUGUGGCAUGGACCAAUUCUGGGGUAUUGCUUUAAGGGCACAGUCUGGUGAUGUCAGUCGAGCGGCUAUCCAGUAUAUCAACUCUUACUAUAUCAAUGGUAAAACUGGUCUGGAAAAAGAACAGGAGUUUAUUAGCAAGUGUAUGGAGAGUCUGAUGAUAGCUUCUAGUAACCUUGAGCAAGACUCUCACUCAAGCCUGACCAUUAUUGAAAGAGGACUCUUAAUGCUGAAGACACACCUGGAGGCUUUUAGGAGGAGGUUUGCUUAUCACCUGAGACAAUGGCAGAUUGAAGGCACUGGUAUCAGCAGUCACUUGAAAGCCCUGAGUGACAAACAGUCACUACCACUAAGAAUUGUAUGUCAGCCAGCUGGACUUCCUGACAAGAUGACAAUAGAAAUGUAUCCUAGUGAUCAGGUGGCUGAUCUACGGGCAGAAGUCACCCAUUGGUACGAAAAUUUGCAGAAGGAGCAGAUAAAUCAACAAGCACAGCUUCAGGAGUUUGGCCAAAGCAGUCGCAAAGGGGAUUUCCCUGGUGGCCUCAUGGGACCUGUGAGAAUGAUUUCAUCUGGGCAUGAACUAACAACCGAUUAUGAUGAAAAAACACUUCACGAAUUGGGCUUUAAGGAUAUGCAGAUGGUGUUUGUAUCCCUGGGCGCACCAAGGAGGGAACGUAAAGGUGAAGGUGUUCAACUUCCAGCAUCUUGCCUACCUCCUCCUCAGAAGGACAACAUUCCAAUGCUUUUACUCCUGCAAGAACCUCAUCUUACCACCCUUUUUGAUUUGCUAGAGAUGCUUGCCUCUUUUAAGCCUCCUUCUGGAGAAGUGACUAUGGAAGAUAGUGAGAGUGCAAGGUGUGAAGAACUCCAUCUCCAUGCAGAAAACUUAUCUAGACGUGUCUGGGAGCUGUUAAUGCUUCUGCCAACAUGCCCUAAUAUGUUGCAGGCAUUCCAGAAUAUUUCAGAUGAGCAGGGUAAUGACGGCUUUAGCUGGAAGGAUCUUCUGCGAAUAAAAAGUGCUCAUAAGCUUUUGUAUGCCCUGGAAAUUAUUGAAGCGUUGGGAAAGCCCAACAGGAGAAUAAGACGUGAAUCUACGGGAAGUUAUAGCGAUCUUUACCCAGACUCAGAUGAUUCGAGUGAAGAUCAAAUAGAAAAUAGUAAAAACACGUGGAGCUGCAAGUUUGUUGCUGCUGGAGGGCUCCAACAGUUAAUAGAAAUUUUCAAUUCUGGAAUCUUAGAGCCUAAAGAACAGGAGUCAUGGACUGUGUGGCAGCUAGACUGUCUUGCUUGCUUGCUGAAGCUGAUAUGCCAGUUUGCAGUUGAUCCAUCAGAUUUGGAUUUAGCUUACCAUGAUGUCUUUGCCUGGUCUGGUGUAGCAGAGAGUCACAGAAAAAGAACAUGGCCAGGCAAAUCAAGGAAGACUGCAAGUGAGCAUGGAAAGGGCCUUCAUAUACCUCGUUUAACAGAGGUGUUUCUUGUACUUGUCCAGGGAACCAGUUUGAUUCAGCGACUUAUGUCAGUUGCUUAUACAUAUGACAACUUGGCACCUAGGGUGUUGAAAGCUCAGUCUGAUCACAGAUCAAGACAUGAAGUCACUCAUUAUUCCAUGUGGCUCUUGGUGAGUUGGGCUCACUGCUGUUCCUUGGUGAAAUCCAGUCUGGCGGACAGUGAUCAUUUGCAAGACUGGCUAAAGAAACUUACCCUUCUUAUUCCAGAGACUGCUGUUCGCCAUGAGUCUUGCAAUGGUUUAUACAAGUUAUCUCUCUCCGGUCUGGAUGGAGGAGACUCAAUUAAUCGAUCCUUUCUGCUGCUGGCUGCAUCAACGUUAUUGAAAUUUCUCCCUGAUGCUCAAGCUCUGAAACCGAUCCGGAUAGAGGAUUAUGAAGAAGACACAGUGCUGCGACCAGGUUGUAAGGAAUAUUUUUGGCUGCUGUGCAAACUGAUUGAUAACAUACAUGUCAAAGAUGCAAGUCAGACCACACUGCUUGAUUUAGAUGCACUAGCAAGACAUCUUGCUGACUGCAUUCGGAGCAGAGAAAUCCUAGACCACCAAGAUGGUAAUAUAGAAGAUGAUGGACUUACAGGACUACUUCGUCUUGCAACAAGUGUUAUUAAGCACAAACCACCCUUUAAAUUUUCUCGUGAAGGCCAGGAAUUUCUGAGAGACAUCUUCAAUCUUCUGUUCUUGCUGCCAAGUCUGAAAGAUAGACAACAGCCAAAAUGCAAGUCACAUUCUUCAAGGGCUGCUGCUUAUGACUUGUUGGUAGAAAUGGUAAAGGGGUCCGUGGAAAACUACAGGCUGCUCCACAACUGGGUUAUGGCACAACAUAUGCAGUCUUCCCAUGCACCUUACAAGUGGGAUUAUUGGCCACAUGAUGAUGUUCGCGCUGAAUGUAGAUUUGUGGGUCUAACUAAUCUUGGAGCAACGUGUUACUUGGCAUCAACUAUUCAGCAACUGUACAUGAUACCAGAGGCCAGGCAAGCAAUCUUUACUGCAAAGUAUUCAGAAGAUAUGAAACACAAGACCACUCUACUAGAACUCCAGAAAAUGUUUACAUACUUAAUGGAAAGUGAAUGUAAGGCAUACAAUCCAAGGCCUUUCUGUAAAACCUAUACCAUGGAUAAGCAGCCACUGAACACUGGAGAGCAGAAAGAUAUGACUGAAUUCUUCACUGACCUAAUAACAAAAAUAGAAGAAAUGUCUCCAGAACUGAAAAAUACAGUGAAAAGUUUGUUUGGAGGUGUUAUCACAAACAAUGUUGUUUCUUUGGAUUGUGAGCAUGUAAGUCAAACUGCUGAAGAGUUCUAUACAGUAAGAUGCCAGGUGGCAGAUAUGAAGAAUAUUUAUGAAUCUCUUGAUGAAGUAACUAUUAAAGAUACCUUGGAAGGUGACAACAUGUAUACAUGUUCUCAUUGUGGGAAGAAAGUGCGGGCUGAAAAAAGGGCAUGUUUUAAGAAACUACCUCGUAUCUUAAGCUUCAACACAAUGAGGUAUACAUUUAAUAUGGUAACCAUGAUGAAGGAAAAAGUCAAUACACAUUUUUCAUUCCCUUUACGUUUGGAUAUGACACCUUACACUGAAGAUUUCCUCAUGGGAAAAAAUGACAGAAAAGAAGGUUUUAAGGAAGAUGGUGAAUAUUUGAAAGAAACUGAAAGUUACGAAUAUGAUCUGAUAGGUGUAACGGUUCACACAGGAACAGCAGAUGGUGGGCAUUACUACAGUUUUAUCAGAGAUAUAGUCAAUCCCCAUGCUUACAAAAACAACAAAUGGUAUCUUUUCAAUGACGCUGAAGUAAAACCGUUUGAUUCUGCCCAGCUUGCUUCCGAAUGUUUUGGUGGAGAAAUGACUACAAAAACUUACGAUUCUGUUACUGAUAAAUUUAUGGACUUCUCCUUUGAAAAGACACACAGUGCUUACAUGCUGUUUUAUAAACGGAUGGAACCAGAGGAGGAAAAUGGCAAAGACUACAAAUUUGAUGUUUCAUCAGAAUUGCUGGAGUGGAUAUGGCAUGAUAACAUGCAGUUUCUUCAAGACAAGAACAUUUUUGAACAUACAUAUUUUGGGUUUAUGUGGCAGUUGUGUAGUAGCAUCCCAAGCACACUCCCAGAUCCAAAAGCGGUUUCCCUGAUGACAGCAAAGUUAAGCACUUCCUUUGUACUAGAGACAUUCAUUCAUUCAAAGGAAAAGCCUACAAUGCUUCAGUGGAUUGAACUGUUAACAAAACAGUUUAAUAACAGUCAGGCAGCUUGUGAAUGGUUUUUGGAUCGUAUGGCUGAUGAUGAUUGGUGGCCAAUGCAGAUACUAAUAAAGUGUCCCAAUCAGAUUGUGAGACAGAUGUUCCAGCGUUUGUGUAUUCAUGUGAUACAGAGACUGAGGCCAGUGCAUGCACAUCUUUACCUCCAGCCAGGAAUGGAAGACUGUUCGGAUGACAUGGAUGGUCCUGUGGAAGACAUCGGCAGUCGCUCUUGUGUAACACGCUUUGUGAAGACACUCUUGUCAAUUAUGGAGCAUGGUGUUAAGCCUCACAGUAAACAUCUCACGGAAUACUUUGCCUUUCUUUACGAAUUUGCCAAAAUGGGAGAAGAGGAAAGCCAGUUCUUGCUUUCAUUGCAAGCCAUAUCUACAAUGGUCCAUUUCUACAUGGGAACUAAAGGACCUGAAAAUCCACAGGUUGAAGUACUUUCUGAGGAAGAAGGAGAGGAAGAGGAGGAAGAGGAAGAUAUACUUUCUUUAGCAGAAGAAAAAUACAGGCCUGCUGCACUUGAGAAGAUGAUUGCCCUGAUUGCUCUUCUAGUUGAACAGUCUCGCUCAGAAAGGCAUUUGACUUUGUCACAAAACGACAUGGCAGCAUUAACAGGAGGAAAGGGUUUUCCUUUUUUAUUUCAACAUAUUCGUGAUGGUAUCAACAUCAGGCAAACUUGCAAUCUCAUUUUCAGUUUGUGUCGGUACAAUAAUCGGCUCGCAGAACAUAUUGUGUCCAUGCUUUUCACAUCUAUAGCAAAGUUGACUCCUGAG